AUGGUAUCACUGCAGCAACACAGCAACGCCAUGCAAGUGGACGAAAUCGACCCUGGACCCCCGAUGUCACUGGUUCAUGAAUUCGUACAUGCACCGGGGCCGCCAGGUCCAAGGACAGCGGGGCUCAACACCGCCACCAAGGCGUUGUCGACGACGACACCUGCCGAGCAGGAACUGGAGGGCUCGGAUAUCUCCGACCUUGAGCCGGCCGACAUUGGAUGGGAAGGCGGAAUUGGACGAGGAACGAACCGUUCUCACAAGGGAACCAAGAAGGAAGUCGAAGGUGGCAUCACCUCCGAGCGCCCCGAAUAUUCCUGCCCCUUCGCGCUGGGAUCUCCCGGCGCCCACCAACUGGAGGAACCUCUCGGUGCAUCUGGGCACCUUCGCACGUAUUUGUCAGGCAGCUCUGUCAAAUAUGUGCGAGGGUCCUCUGCUGGGCCAUACGCCUCCGGAAGAUUCUCAGACGAGAGUGUAAUCCGGGAUCAAGCGAGAGGCCAGGCUUCGCCCGACAUGCGACCUCGGCUAGCUCAUCACGGCAUGGUGACCGGGGCACUCGGCAGCGCGACAAGCGCUCGACGCGGCCAACAUGUCUUGCCCCGUAUCUCAAGUCCCGUCGAGCUCUUACGUACGAGCUAUGACACUGUCGUCAUUGGAUCGGGGUAUCGCGGUGACGUGGCAAGUGCCUGCACGUUGAGGGCAGGCGAGGACAUGUGCGUGCCAACAGGCGGGCAGAGUCUUCGAGGCUAUGACAACGUCAACAAGACGGUGACCUCCGGUGAAGCCUGCAUCGACGCAGCCGAGAGGUCCUUCGACGUGAAGUGGAAGGCUGCAAUGAAGUUGUCGCACCCCCCGGGGAAGAGCAGCGCCGGUGCUGCAGAUGUCUCGAUGAGGGAAGCCCUCAUGUGGAUGAUAGAAUACAAUCUGGUAAGCCUUCCUGUGGCAUGA